CUUCUCAGUCCUUCGAACUGCAUCGAACGUGCGGCGAGAACGGCGCCAGGAACGGUAGUCGGUAGAGUCGCGUGACGAUGAAGCAAGUGCUGACGGCACUAUGCCCUGCCUUGCUACUUCUCAGAUGUUGGCCCGAAGGCUUCACGACCACCAGAGGCUUUGGCAACGAAGUCUCACGUGCAGCUGGCAACUUGAGAAGGAGACAAGUGCAGCUUUCGGCCGAGGCGGAAGCUGAAGGAUCAACAACUGGAGGUGAUCCAGGUCUCACGGAGGAGGAGGUCAAGAUCCUUCUCCAGGGCGCAGCGAUGGGCGAUGCGGAGUCGCAAGUCCUCAUCGGGCGGAUGGCCCUGGAAGGAAAUAUCGCCGAACCAGAUCCUGAACAGGCAGCAGAGUGGUUUUUGAAAGCUGCCGAACAGGGGGACAAAGAUGGGCAAUUCAACCUUGGCAUGCUGCUGAUCUCUGGAAAUGGAGUUCCGCAGGAUAUGCAGGAAGGCUCGAUGUGGCUGGAAAAGGCUGCAGAGCAAGGCGUGCAUGAAGCGCAGUACUUCUAUGCUGCAACGAACUUGCAGGAUGGUUUUGACGGAGAUUCCGACAAGGCCAUGAAGUACAUGAGAUCUGCCGCUGAAAAUGGUAUUGCAGAUGCUCAGUAUGCUCUUGGGAUGAUUUUACUACAAACCCAAGACUUGGAGUGGGCGGCUCAUUGGCUUAACCAAGCCGCACAGAAAGGUGACAGUCGGGCACAAUACCAAAUUGCCAGGAUGUUUCUCUAUGGUGCUGGCUUGGAACAAGAUGAGGCGACAGCUGCGCAAUGGGCAUCCGCAGCUGCCAAUAGUGGCCUACAGGAUGCCCAAUACCUGAUGGGCACAAUGCUCCUUUCCGGUCAAGGCGUGGAACAAAAUAUGGCCUGGGCAGCUCAUUGGUUUGAGCAGGCAGCUCUACAGGGCCAUGUAGAUGCUCAGUACAACUUGGGCUUGAUGUUGGAGUCUGGCGAUGGCGUGCCAGAGGACAAAGAGAAGGCAGCGUACUGGUUGGAAAAGGCUGCAUCUCAAGGGGAUGAUGAAGCUGCAAAGACCAGGGAGGAGGUUCGAGGAGCGCAGGCAUAGUGGCCUGACUGAGGAUGCGCCAUCGGCCACGUUUGAAA